CCCAGCCCAACUACCGGUUUGCCGUUUGCCCUCCGUCUUCCUCCUCGAGUCCUCUUUCUUCUCCACUUCUCCUUCCUGCGGCGGCGGCCGAUUUCGGGGGGCAAUUCGCUAUAGCAGAUUUCAACGAAGGGAAGGAACCGACCGGCGAUUCGCUCCGAUCAGAUCUGAUUCUCCAUGAUGCCCUUCAAGAAGGAAUUCACCUUCGAUGAGAGGCUCCAGGAAUCCGCCGCCAUGAUCGCCAACUACCCCGCCAGGGUCCCCGUCAUCGUUGAAAGGUUUUCAAGGAGUAAUUUACCAGAAAUGGAGAAAAGGAAGUACCUGGUUCCCUGUGACAUGCCUGUUGGGCAGUUCAUUUUCAUACUACGGUCCAGGUUACACCUAUCUCCAGGAACAGCGUUAUUUGUGUUUGUAAACAACACUUUACCCCAAACAGCUAGCCUAAUGGGAAGUGUAUAUGACUCGUACAAGGAUAAGGAUGGUUUCCUAUACAUGUGCUACAGCAGCGAGAAGACAUUUGGCUGCCCUGGCCUGACCUGACGUAAAAAUUUGCUUUGCGGUCAGGUACAAUGCUUAGAAAUUACUAUUCAAGUCUGCCACAGCACAUCUCACAACGAACAAGCAAUGAUUGGACAAUUUGACAAGUUCAGCAUUCAGUACAAAAUUGACGCGCUGAGGAACAAUGAAAAGCAUGUGCAAGCUGCCAAGCUGCAAACAACUAGCUGCCACCGUUCACCAGAUAACACCUACCGACAUUAUACAGCUACAAUGCAAGGAACCUUUUUUGGUUGUACAAUGCAAGAAAUUUUAGCUGUCU